UCUCUAUGGUCCCGGAUGUGGUUCCGCCGGGGGGAGCGGGCGCGGCGCUCCGGCCCUGCCUCUCUAUGGUCGCUUUCCGGGGGGAAGGACGGCCCCGGGAGCGGAGGAAGGCGCGAGCCCCGCCCGCCGCGGGGACCGGCCCCGCCCCGCUGCGCCGCUGGCACCCCCGGGGCUCCGCAAAUGGUGGGGCCGGACGAUGCCGGAGCUCCGGGCAGCGCAGCCGUGCUUCCCGCGGGCCGGCAGGAGGCGGCGGAGGAAGAGGAGGAGGAGGAGGAGGACGGGGAGCGGGAUGGGAGCCGGGGCUUGAGCGGCGGCCCGGGCCGGCGGCGCCUAGCGGCGGGGGGGAAGCGCCGCCCGGAGAAACCCCCGAACGGGGCCGCCUGCGCCGCGGGCCCCCGCGGGACCAUGACCAACGGGGACCUGGGCUUCCCGCCGGUGGAGGAGGACGCGAAGCUGCAGAACGGGGGCUGCCUGCCCAGCCCGCCCGGCCCCGCGGGGACCGCCUUGGAGGAGCCGCUGCGGAGCUGCCGGCUGCGGGGCGAGGCGGAGGCGGUCCCCGGCCCGCGGGGGGGGCCCCCGGCCUUCACCGACGUGAACCUUAACUCCCGCAACACCUUCGAGGUGAGCCGCCGCCGCGCCGCCCCGCAGCACCCGCCCCGCACGCCGGAGCCGGCCGAGAGGGCGCGGCGGGCGAGCAGCGCCGGCGGCUUCGCCGAGUUCUUCGCCAGAAACUUUUUCACUAAAAGGACAAAGGAACUCAAACCUGCUGUCCAAAGCGCUCCUGGUUGGAAGUUGUUUGGAAAAGUUCCACCUAGGGAAAACCUUCCAAAAGAUUCCAAAAUUAUUCAGCAGGAUGACAGUUCUGGCAGUCUUGCGUCAAUAUCUGCUCUCAGUCUAUUAAACACAGGGGAAUAUGAAGCACGGACAGGAAGAAUGUAUAAACCUCCACCCUCAUCAGCAAGACGUAAAAAUAUUGAAUUUGAACCACUUUCAACUACUGCUUUGAUUCUGGAAGAUCGACCAGCAAAUCUUCCUGCCAAAUCAGUGGAGGAGGCUUUACGUCACCGACAAGAAUAUGAUGAGAUGGUGGCAGAGGCAAAAAAACGAGAAAUUAAAGAAGCACAUAAGAGGAAAAAAAUAAUGAGAGAGCGUUUCAAGCAAGAAGAGAAUAUUGCUAGUGCUAUGGUGAUUUGGGUCAAUGAAAUACUACCUAACUGGGAAGGCAUGCGUGCUACCCGAAGAGUUCGAGAGCUUUGGUGGCAGGGUUUACCCCCAAGCGUACGUGGGAAGGUUUGGAGUCUAGCUGUGGGAAACGAAUUAAAUAUCACUCCUGAACUUUAUGAAAUCUUCUUGUCUAGAGCUAAGGAACGAUGGAAAAGCUUCAGUGAGACAAGUUCUGAGAAUGAUACAGAAGAUGCAGGUGCAUCUGUUGCUGAUCGUGAGGCCAGUCUGGAGCUAAUUAAGUUGGAUAUAUCGCGCACAUUUCCAUCCCUGUAUAUUUUCCAGAAGGGUGGUCCUUAUCACGAUCUCCUGCAUAGUGUUCUAGGGGCAUAUACAUGUUACAGACCAGAUGUAGGAUAUGUACAAGGGAUGUCCUUCAUUGCUGCUGUGCUCAUUCUCAAUCUGGAAGAGGCAGAUGCUUUCAUUGCCUUUGCUAACCUUCUAAACAAGCCAUGCCAGCUGGCCUUUUUCCGUGUGGAUCACAGCAUGAUGCUGAAAUACUUUGCAGCCUUUGAAGUAUUCUUUGAAGAAAAUCUUCCCAAAUUGUUUCUUCAUUUCAAAUCAUACAGUCUUACUCCAGACAUAUAUUUGAUAGACUGGAUUUUUACGCUCUACAGCAAGUCAUUACCACUUGAUCUGGCUUGUCGUGUCUGGGACGUUUUCUGUAGAGAUGGAGAAGAAUUUUUGUUUAGGACGGGGUUAGGAAUCCUUCGGUUAUAUGAAGAUAUUCUCCUACAGAUGGACUUCAUUCAUAUAGCACAGUUUCUAACAAAACUUCCAGAAGACAUUACAUCAGAAAAGCUUUUUAGUUGUAUUGCAGCUAUUCAGAUGCAGAAUAGUAACAAAAAAUGGGGACAGGUGUUUGCCUCUCUGAUGAAGGACAACAAAGAAGGGGACAAGAACCACAGCCCAGCACUGAAAAGCUAAUCAUUGUAUGUUGAGGUCAAUUGAAAAUAUGGAAAACCACUUGACAAAGGAGUUUUCACAUCACUCUGUAAGGAAUAGCACUGUAGAAAAUGUGAAAAAUGAGGUGGAAAACAGACACAGCUCUCGGAGUAAUGAACUGAUGAAAUCUUCGCCCUUUUGCCAGUAUUAGCUUUUGUCACGGGAAGAUUUGUUUUCACACAGAAUACCAAAACCUAUGAAACUGAGAAGCUGGGGGGGGUCAUAUUUAAUAUUUUAGAAGAAUCAGCUCAAUGCAAUAAACACUUGUAAUAACUGCUGUUGGUACUUUAAAAAAAAAAAUAAUUUUGAGGCAUAACUUUUUUUACAGAUACCACAAAGGCACUUUUGGGGAGGGAUGAGGGAAAUGGCAAAUCUUAAGGCCCCAAAACUGCUAUCCAAACCAAAUGCUUGGUACAAAUGUUACCUCCAAAAUUAACCAUUUGAAAGUACUGAGGACCAAAUAAGAUUGUUUGGUAUGUUUAUGUGCAAGAUGGUUAAAAUUUGGGAAAGAGUAUUGUCUUCUUUACUUGUGUUUUUAAGUUGCAGCUUCGUUCUUCAGUCUGGGCAAAUGUAACUCAGGAACUGUGGAAGUAUCGUGCCCAAACCUGUUAAAGCAAAAAUCAUCUGAAUUUUCAACAGUAGUAAGAUCAGGGCUGCUAUUUUCAGAGUGCACAGCUUUCAAAGAGAGUGGUGUUAAGCAUUUGUGUUGGUGUAUUGGUGGUGCAGUUAUAAAAACAGAGUAGGUAUUCUGUGAAAGGGUUUUGCCACCAGAAGUUUUAUUUUGUUGAGCCAUUUCCAACUAAGAAGUACUUGUAUGUAAUGGUGAACACUAGAAACUGACAAAGCUAUCUGCAGCCACUUUUAACACUUUGGAAUAAUGCAGACACAGAAUUGUUUUUGAAACUAUCUUUUAUUAGCGUGCAAUACUGAAAUCCAAAAAGCAUCUAGUUUUAGUGAUACUUAAUUCUUUAACAUCUUUUAACUGUGAGACAUAAGGUCUUAUUGUAUGUGUCAUGGCAGAUAUUUUCAAACAUUUCCUACUUUGGAAGAUGCUGUACAACAACUUGUUGUAGGGGAUGGACAUUUAAAAUGGAUAGCACUGCAAGUGGGGAGCACUUGCACUCUCUUGGUCCAUUUUUGCUAAUAUUUAAUGUAAAUAAAUUCCUUACAUGUAGGUUUUUGUAACUGGUCCCUCUGUGGAAUUCAAGUCAAAAUAACCAUUAUGUAUUUUUAAGUGCAGGAGGCUUCCAGUUGUCUGGUGUUUAAAAGCGGAGUCUACAUAAUUGGGGUAAAGAUUUAGUGUGGUGUAACUUACGUUGCUAUCUGGUUUAAAAACUACAUAUAUACUACUCAUAACAUUACAAUUUGAAAUUUAAAUGUCAGAUUUUUCUUAACUUAUGUAUUCACUACUUUAAUUGGAUCCAAUUUGUCUUAUAUUUUUAUGUUAUCUUGUACAGUUUUCUUACUUUUCAACUAUAAAUCUGUAUAUAACUGUAAAUAGGAGGAUCAAGCCUUCCUUUAAGACCACUAGCAACAAUUCCUGUGUAAAUAAAACUUAGAGCAGAUGCCGGCUGUGGUUCCUCU